UCAAUCACUUCAUUAAAUCAUCUCACAACAACCAUAAAUACCUACCUUGAAAUCUUCCGAGUUUCUCAAUCCUCGUCAGCCCGAAGAUAGCACCAUGUCAAUCGGUAGCACAGAACCCCAUGCAGCAUCUCCUGCCGAACCGUGGAGAGCUGAGCUCGAAGAGCAAAUUGCCGAGCUGGAGAGUUGGGGAGAUGAGCAAGAAACGGAAAUCGCUUCCAUCGUUCUCAAAAUGCUCCUCUCAUUUCCUGAAAAGCAGUACCUGGCCACUCUUGAAGCUUCACUCCGCAUAGGAGCUGAUUACUGGGCCAAGUUUCUCCCUUCGAGCUGGGAUCCUCUGAACAAGCCUUAUAUGAGGGACGACAAAGGCUGGCCCAUGUACCUCGAUGGCGUUUACGGCACGAUCCUCCGCCAAUCGUGGCUUCUGCGUUAUGACGACGCUCGACAAGACUGCUUAGUGAAGCUCUUGACUGACUUACAGAAUCUGCCCAAGGUGACAUAUCGGGCCUACGGUAAAGAGCAUAUUGCGUACCACAAUGACCAAGUCUUUGUCUCAGGGUGUGAAGAGAACUGGAAUGCCAAAUUUGCAUCCGAUCGAGCUGAACCGACGGAACCUCAAGCAAAGAAGGAUUUUAUACUGACUUGUGAUGAGUGGGUCAACUUCUCCUCAUUCUUGGCCCGGUAUCAUGGCUCCAAAGCAUACCAGAGAUGGGAUAGCCACAUGAAGUAUCCGAGCAUCGAUAUUGAGCUCGCGCUUGAAAAGCCCCUGCCUUCCGGGAAACUCGGCGAAUGUAGACUGUUAGUGGCGUCCAAUUGGUUGAUUCAUGCCGGAAAGAUUAUCUAUGAGGACAUGAAGAAGUCGGGGACGGAGAGGUGGGGUCUCGGCAGAUGGAGUCGCUGGACGGAAACACUUCGAGGUAUCCUGGAUGCUGGGGGGCAGACGGGUGAAGUGACUGCGAGACUACAAGCAGCCUGGGACACGAUCCUCUCGUUGGGCCCGGAUGCUAGUGAGCUUAAGGGAAGUAGCGAGGUUGAGAAGAACAGCGAAAUCGAGAAGAGCAGCGAAGUCGAGAAGAACAGCGAGGUUAAGGAGAGCAGCGAAGUUGAGGGGGUGAAGGAGGUGAAGGAGGACAGUCACAUGGAGGACAGUAGUGAGGUGAAGAAGAAAAGUGAGAUGAAGGACGACAUCGUGAUGAUGGAGGACAGCGAGGUUAAGGAGAGCAGUGAGAUGAAGUUGGGCAGUGAGGGGAAAUAGGUAGUUCAGUAGUCAUCUGAUAUCGUAGCUAUUGAAUAGAUCAAAUACACCAGUAUUCCACCACGCGCACAAGUGCAAUGAAAAG